AGAGGAAUGAAAGCGAUUCUGUUCGUUUUAUUUUUUGGACGCCUCUCUGCCCUGCCAGAUACAAUAAGAAUAGGUGGUCUCUUCCAUCCUGAAGAUGAUAAACAAGAAGUGGCAUUUCGAUACGCGGUAGAACGCGUAAACGCAGAUAGAGCUGUCCUUCCAAGAGCCAAGCUAUUGGCGCAGGUCGAAACCAUCUCACCUCAAGACAGCUUCCAUGCUUCUAAGAGAGUGUGUCAUUUACUGCGGAGUGGCGUGGCCGCAAUAUUUGGACCGCAAUCUGCCCCAGCCGCUGCUCAUGUGCAAUCUAUAUGCGACACGAUGGAACUGCCACACUUGGAGACCAGAUGGGACUAUCGCACGCGACGGGAAUCUUGCCUUGUCAAUCUUUAUCCCCACCCGGCGGCGCUCAGUCGCGCCUAUGUGGACUUGGUGCGAGCUUGGGGCUGGAAAUCCUUCACCAUAGUGUAUGAAAACAGUGAUGGGUUGGUUCGUCUUCAAGAGUUGCUGAAAGCACAUGGCCCUUCUGAACUGCCAGUGGCAGUGCGGCAGCUACCAGAUUCUCAUGAUUACAGGCCACUCCUGAAACAAAUAAAGAACUCGGCGGAGUCCCAUAUAGUCCUGGAUUGCGCCACGGAGAGAAUCAGGGACGUCCUUCAGCAAGCACAACAGAUUGGGAUGAUGUCGGAUUACCACAGCUAUCUUAUCACGUCACUGGACCUGCAUAGUGUGGAUUUAGAAGAGUUCAAAUAUGGGGGCACCAACAUCACAGCUUUGAGGUUACUUGACCCCGAACGAAGUGAUGUCCAAAAAGUCAUAAGGGACUGGGUCUACGAUGAAGCUAGAAAGGGCAGAAAAUUACAACUAGGACAUACUUCGGCUAAGACGGAAACAGCACUUAUGUAUGACGCAGUACAUCUGUUCGCAAAAGCCUUGCAUGAUCUAGACACGUCUCAGCAAAUUGAUGUGAGGCCUCUCUCAUGCGAAGCCGAAGAUACUUGGCCACAUGGCUACAGUCUCAUCAAUUACAUGAAAAUUGUUGAAAUGAAAGGCUUAACCGGAGUUAUAAAGUUUGACCAUCAAGGAUUCCGAAGCGAUUUCACUCUAGAUAUAAUUGAACUGACAAGGGACGGUCUUCAAAAGGCUGGAACUUGGAACUCCUCAGAGGGGGUAAAUUACACGAGAUCUUACGGCGAGAAUCAAAAACAGAUAGUCGAGAUACUUCAAAAUAAAACGCUUAUUGUCACAACAAUUUUGAGUGCCCCGUAUUGUAUGCGCAAGGAAGCCAGUGAAAAGCUGACUGGAAACGCGCAAUUCGAAGGGUACGCCAUUGAUCUCAUUCACGAGAUAUCUAAAAUUCUGGGCUUCAAUUAUACAUUCAAGCUGGCGCCUGACGGUCGAUAUGGCUCCUACAAUCGUGAAACUAAAGAGUGGGAUGGAAUGAUAAGGGAAUUGCUGGAACAACGAGCCGAUGUUGCUAUCGCAGAUCUAACCAUUACUUACGAUAGGGAACAAGUGGUGGACUUCACAAUGCCGUUCAUGAACCUGGGAAUUUCCGUGCUGUACCGCAAGCCAAUAAAACAGCCACCUAACCUGUUUUCCUUCCUUUCGCCCUUGUCACUGGAUGUUUGGAUCUAUAUGGCUACAGCGUAUUUAGGUGUGUCGGUAUUGCUGUUCAUUUUGGCAAGGUUUACUCCCUACGAAUGGCAUCAAACGCACUCUUCAGAUGGCGAUAAAAUGGAGAAUAUUUUUUCCCUCGCCAAUUGCCUUUGGUUUGCUAUUGGAUCCCUCAUGCAGCAGAGCUGUGAUUUUUUGCCCAAAGCGGUUUCAACGCGAAUGGUGGCGGGUAUGUGGUGGUUCUUUACCUUGAUAAUGAUAUCAUCAUACACUGCCAACCUCGCUGCGUUUCUGACCGUGGAGAGGAUGGACUCGCCCAUAGAGAGUGCUGAAGACCUGGCCAAACAAACUAAAAUCAAGUACGGUGCACUCAAAGGCGGAUCUACGGCUGCUUUUUUCAGGGACUCAAACUUCUCCACAUACCAGCGAAUGUGGUCGUUCAUGGAGUCUGCUCGACCUACCGUCUUCACUAGUAGCAACAAGGAGGGCGAAGAGCGAGUUAUGAGGGGCAAGGGCGCUUACGCGUACUUGAUGGAAUCCACUACGAUCGAGUACGUCGUCGAGAGGAACUGCGACCUCACUCAAGUGGGAGGGAUGCUCGAUUCCAAGGGAUACGGGAUUGCUAUGCCGCCAAAUUCUCCAUAUCGUACUGCAAUAAGUGGGGCCGUUCUCAAACUACAGGAAGAAGGGAAAUUGCACAUUCUCAAAACAAAAUGGUGGAAGGAGAAACGUGGCGGCGGCUCGUGCAGGGAUGAAACGUCAAAGUCAUCAUCAACAGCCAACGAGCUAGGCUUGGCGAACGUUGGCGGUGUGUUUGUAGUGCUCAUGGGAGGUAUGGGGGUGGCCUGCGUCAUCGCCGUCUGCGAGUUCGUCUGGAAGUCCAGGAAAGUCGCUGUGGAUGAGAGGGCAUCGCUGUGUUCGGAAAUGGCAUCCGAGCUGCGUUCCGCGCUGAAGUGCCCCAGCGGGGCGGGCAGUGCGGCGGGCGCGGGCGGCGCGCGGGAUGGCGCCAGCUCGCCCUACCUUCACUAUGGGUUCACCACCAAGAGCCAACUACACUAGCGCCCAGCUUCUGCCUCCUCGCCACCCAGCGAUGUGUAGGCAAAAAACUUUAAGUGAACUGUGACUAAAUAAAAGAAUGAAAAGGGUCAUAGACAAUAUGUAAAUAAAAUCAUAUCCUAAAGUUGUUGUGCAAUGUAUUUCACAGCAUGAACAAUUGAGUUUUCAGAAUUUACACUUCAUUACUAGAAAAAUGUUUCAAGUAGUUGUAUAUGAUAUUUACAAAACUCCGCGCGAGCCAAAGAAAUAAAACUUUUGUGCCAAAUUUCUCAUCGCUGUAUAAAUUCUCGUUCGAGUUUAGAAACUCAUCUAAUGUUUUUUGUAAGUACGUUUUGACUUAGAAUAAUAUACUUAGAAAUUGAUGUUUUAUACAU